CUACGUACAUAUAAAAAAAAUUAUGGCAGAAAAAGAAGAUUUGCUUUCCUCAAACAAUUUCACUGAAGAAGAGCAGCGAUGUGCGAGUGAUGCAUAUGAUGCUUUUCUCAGAGAUAAGUACGAUUCCUGCAUCUCUGGUUUGAAAAAAAUUCAGAAAAAUCAUCCCGGAGAUUGCAAGCUUAUGCAUAAUCGUGCUUUAGCGGAGUAUUACAAAUCAGGCCUAACGAAAACAGCCGAUUUAAAAAAGGCAUUAUCUAAGGUUCACAAAGUGACUCAACAAUCACAUCAGGAGGACGAUGAGAUUACUGAAGAAAUAACUUCAAAUGAAUACUCUGUUUUGCAUUACAAUCAGUCUUUACUUUAUUAUUUCCUGCAUCAAUACAGGGAGGCUCAAACAUUGCUUCAAGCACUCGCAGAAAAUCCAGAGGUUGCGAUCAAUGUCAGGGAAAUAUGUUUGUUACUGGUAGAAGUCUAUCUCACUAAUUAUGAACCAGAAAAAGCAGUUCGACUCAUCAACAAAAUUGAAGAAACUUUUCUUAAACCUGUUUCACCUCAACAAUCAAAACAUGGAAACACAAAUGAUGGAAAAGAUAAAGCAAAACCACAGAAGAUAAACAUAAAGGAGAUGAAAAAUUUGUUGCCAUUGCUGAAAACACGUUGUUGCUUACAGCUGAAAUCUAUGAAGGCUUGUAAAAGGGAAUUGAAGGCAUUUACAACAAAUCUGGAGAGCAGUCCAGAUUUCCCUGCACAAACUAUACAAUUUAUAUCUGUAUUUUUAAAGAGCAAUUUUGAAUUCCAGCGUGGUAAUUUUCAUAAAGCAUAUAAAUUGUUGGGUAGUUCACCUCCGUCAUCAUCUGUCAACACUUCUUGGCUUCAAAAUGGAGAAUCUUUAUCUACCAUGUUUUACAACAAUUUAGGUGUCAUACAUUUCUAUACAUCCAAGCAUAGCCUUGGAACAUUUUAUUUGAGUAAAGCUAUCGAGGAGAAUGAUAAAGCUAUUAGUACUAAUACUACAUCGAGUAAGAAGGGAGAUAGCAAACAACAACAGUCAAGUAAUACAAAGACAAUACAAAUGCUGAACAUGAAUAAAAAGUUUGAAUUGCUAUACAACAUGGGAAUUCAAUUGUUAUUCUCUGGUAAACCAUCAGCCGGAUUUGAUUGUCUUAUUGCUGCUGUGCCCGUAUUUUCUUCCAAUCCUAGAUUGUGGUUGAGACUUGCUGAAUGUUGUAUUCAGUGGUGUUGCUCCCCUGAUAUAUCUGACGCUCACAACUCACAGAAACAUCUAUCUGGGCCUCUCAGAUAUACUGUUAUUGGAUCAGGGAUUCAUCAAAAAUUAAUUUUACACCCCAUUACUCAAAAUUGGAAUGGAGCAGGAAACUCAGUCAUGCCUGGACCAACUUUAGAAUUUGCUUCUGUGUGCUUGCAAAAUGCUUUAACUAUAUUAGCUGAAGCUGGCAUUACUGGUGAGGAAAUUAAAGAAGGUAGAAAGAAUUCCAAGUCAGAUAUAAACAAAAAGCCUGUCUUAUCAAUACCUUGUUUACCUGGAAAUCCAUUAUCUGGCCAAGAAUUAUCGAACUUUCAUGCUUCGAUACUUGCAAACGGUGCUUUUAUUGCACUCAGUCUUGGCAACAACUUGAUGGCAUACGAGUAUUCCAAACUUCUUCUGCGACUUCCUAAUAUUUCUGGAAGGCAUAAAUAUCUUGGAAGAAUGUAUUCUGCAGAAGCUUUGGUAUCUUUAGAUAGGAUUUCUGACGCCAUUCAACAUCUUUCUGGGGAUUCUGUUUCCGAUAUAAGUGAUGGAUCAGGGGAUAGUGGAACGAGAUCCCAGUCUCACUCAGAUGAUUUGUCAAAUCAAGUUAUUCACAGACCAACUGGACCAAAAACAACACAAAUUUGUUUCAAGUCACCUCAACAUGCGCAAGGAUGUAUGCUGCUCAAUUUGGCAGUUGCUCAUACCUUGAGAAGUGAAUUUGAGAAGGCACAAAAACUUCUCAACCAAUUUGCUUCACUCAUAUCUCCUCAGGAAGUACCGCCUAAUGCUAUCUUAUUAGCGGUUUAUAUUAAUAUUCACAUGGAAGGUGGAUUACCUUUAGCCAUGGAGAUUCUACAGCAUAAUUCAUUAACACCCCAUAUGAAUUCUUCUGCAAUUGGAAAUUUACAAACACAUUUCAGGCCUCAACAGCCAUUGGGUGCUCCAGGUUCAAAACAGUUUUCAUCCACCAUGGUAGCGAAUUCACCCAACGGAAUGAGCAGUAGUAACGGGUCAAUUAGCGGAGGAAGUAGUGGAUCGAGAUCAAAAUCUUCUACCCCACAACCCCAGUACAGUAAUCCACCUUCUGGAUCGGUAACACCGGAACGGAUCGUCAAAGGAUCAACAACCAAAUCUGAUAGCGGAAACACAAAGACUAAAAGAGGACGGCGUUAGGAAUCAUUCCAAUAUAAAUAAAUAACAGUGUAUUCAUCAAAAUUAUCUGAUAUAUAUAUUGUAAAAAGUGGAAAAACAGUCAUCUGGCUGGAAAAUCGCUGGUUUAAGUAACUACUCCAUAAUGUAAAAUUCAGUAAAUAUAAAUUCUGAUUAUUGAUUCAAAUUAUCGAUAAAAUUUCAAGUGGAUUUUAUAAAUUCUUCUUUUUGUUUGAAUCCGCAGACAUCACUAUUGAAGUGCAGAGCCAUUCCUGUUAUAAAAAGCGGUAUUGAACCUCUUGACUGCCUGGAGUUGAGCGUAAGCAGUUUGUGUAAAAAUCUGGAAAUAUUAUGCUUAGCUAUAUACUAAAUGGCUUCACUAACGACGGAUAUAAAGAGUCAAAUUUGUAAUGCCUUUCUGUACUCUUUUUACAAGUAUUUCUCGAAGUCUCGUCUCGGGGAGAAUCUGAAUAGUUUUUCUUGUUUUUUCGUUGAAGUGGGAAUCCAGAAUACUGAUGGAUUUACUGAUGCUUAGUUUUUGCUCUCUGGGAUAAUCAAACAUUGAGGCCUUGUUUCGAACCUUCUAAAGAGGUGUUGAAUAGAAUUUUUUGUAAGAGG